AUGGCGGGCAUAGCGACUGCGUAUUCUUCUGAAGCCUUGACCCCAGCUGGAGGCCUGGACAACGAAAAAUGGGAAUUCGCAGUCCCGAUCGGAAAUGAGCACGAGAACCCGCCACUGACAUGCAUUCUUCCAUUCCUUCUGCAGGGCCCCCGGCAUUCCUCAAGACCUCGAAAUUCUCAUGACUCGAACCCCGCUCGUUCAAGAUCCGCCAAGCAACGCAACUCCAAUGGCUCGCGAAGCUCAUCGAUUUCGCGCGCGGUGCAAUCGCACGAUACAUCGCACUUGAGCUCGGUUCGAGGUCGGAGGGAUCACAGCCUGCAUCGGCAUGGCAAUGACUACGGCGUUGCCUCGGCUACGGACUCGGUUGGCCACCGCGAGGACGAGAGAUCGGAGUUUCAGGAUGGCCACGUGGCUGCGCAGCCAGAGGAGAUCAAUGAAAAUUGGAUCCACCGAGACAAAUUAGCGAAGAUCGAGAGCGAGGAGCUUCAACAGGCGGCGAUUCUCUUCCACAGGCGAAUGCGCGCGGGGAGCAAAUCGAGCGCCGGGCCAGGCAGGGGCUACGAUGCCAGUUCAGGUGGCGCGUAUGGCUCAACGCAGCCCACAUCGCCAACCGGGAAUCACUCGGAGCCGUGGCCGGAGCUGCAUGAGCAACACGGCAGACCGCUCAGUGUGGGUGAUGAUCCGGAAGAAGGGCAAAAUUCGUGGGAUCUCCGUCGCCCAGAGGAAAUCGCUUCGCAGGAAACGACGCCCAGUCUUUACAGUAACCCCGGUCUCCGCAAAAGCUCCUCCAGAAUUCCCAUUUCGACUGCGAGCCCUGUCCCGAUUGGUCGUCGAAGCCGUGCAACUACGGGCGAAUUCGACGACGAGGAAUGGGGCCGUGGUCGUCGCGCGAGCGAGCCCAUGAUGGUCGAACCGGAGACUUCGACCCCAUCGUCCGGAAGCCGUCCGGCGAGCCGCGGCUUCAGCACCACGCAAAAUACCCCGGCCAAGAAAACACCUCCAAAGAGCACCGGUACACCGGGGUCGAGCACCCGCAAAACCUCGGCGCCUGCGGGCAACCGAAAACCUUCCGGGGCAAGGUCCCGGACAGUCUCCGGCAACACUUCGCAGCGACCCGUGACCCGUGGAGGAGAAGCUCGGCCUCCCAAUGCGAUCAAUCGACCCGAAGGCGAUCCGCCAUGGUUGGCAACGAUGUACAAGCCUGAUCCUCGUCUCCCCCCUGAUCAGCAAUUGCUGCCGACCAUCGCCCGCAAGAUGCAGCAAGAACAGUGGGAAAAGGAAGGGCGCGCCCCGACGACCUAUGACCGACACUUUGCACCGCUCGCUGUCCAUUCGGAUGAGCAGCCGCCUGUUCCGCCCAAGGUCGAGGAACCCGCCCCAGAAGUGAAGCCCGAAGAAAAGGUCGAGGAGCCAGCCAGAUCGGUCAAGAGCCCUGAGCCCCCCGGCCAAACACAAGCACCGGCUAUAGCACAAUGCCAAAGGUGCAGGACACUCCACAAGUGGGCCUCACGCCAAACCCCAACUGGAACCCCCCGUGGUGACCGCAGAGCAGCCCUUUAA